GAUGGCUUCAAGAGUAAGAGAUGACAGGUCCCGUGCUCGUCGCCGCCUGAGAAGGAGAGAGGUGGUAUCUAGCAGAAGACCAAUACAUUCACGGGUGAUACUUACAACAAAUGAAGAGCAGGACUCCAAUGAUGUACAGAUAGUGGCAACUCGUCCCAACAGGAGUUGUAUAGACCUUACAGAUGACACAAGCAAUGACUUUAUUGACCUUACCAGUCCCACUGCUGUGGCAGCUCCAGCCUUCAACAGCACUGCAGAUGAAUCGGUCCUUUUUGUGCGUGAAGAAGGAGCUCUCAACUUGUCUGGUGAUCUCCUAAUGGAAGAAACAAAUGAAAUUGAUGAUGUUUUGGGGGCUCUCCCAGAUCUAGAUGACUCUGUGGCGUCCUUGCCUGGGGGCAGGAAGAUAACUUGUCCUGUGUGCCUGGAUAGUGAUAAACGAAUAACCAGGGAUGGUCGACAACUCAACUCAACUACAUGUGGCCAUAUUUUCUGUAAUGUGUGUAUCCAAGGCGCCAUCCAGACCCAGAAACGUUGUCCAACUUGUCGCAAAAAAUUAACACUGCGGCAGAUUCAUCCCAUCUUUUUAUGAUCAUGAUUCAUCUUUAGUGCUAUGGUGAUGACAAAUUAACCCAGUAUUUGAAAUUUCACACUUGGAGUCAUUGAAAUUCUGUAGGGAAAAUGUAUUUUCUAUGUGGAUGCAAAAAACCUGUGAGUGGAAAUUUAUUUACAUGAUUUGUAUAUAUGUAUUAUAUUAGACAAUGUUGUGGCUGUAGCCAUAUGUUAUUUUCACUACACACCUUUGAAGGGUAUUAGUAUUGAAAUAAAAAAUAUGUAGAGAGUUUAACACUCACUACAGUCCUUUAUCUUGAAAUUUAGGUUGCACCAAUACUUCUCUAGAUUAGUGAAAGAUUCAUCAUAUAGAACAUCAUUUGGCUGGUAAAUAAAGAAAAAAGAAUGUCACAUACCAAAACUGCUUCAAAUACAGGAAAAUUCUUUGCAAUAGAAAUAUUUGAUGAGAGUGUUGCCUUGUCUGUCUCCUUUUCUCUGAGCUGUCUGACCUCUGACCUAUGACUAGAAAUACACAUAAAUGGAAGAUGGCAAUUUUCCAUUAAAAAGCUCAACUAGCUAUUAAGUGAAUCAAUUCCUAAAGUUGCUUCAGUCAAAAAGAUCUAUGGUUUUUUUAUUUUACUUUAAGAUGUGUUUUGUGAGAAACUUAUUGUUGGAAAAUUUACUAUGUGAUUGAAACAAAAACUGAAAUAAUUCUUGAAUCAUUUUUGGUAUACAUGUAUUGUGUUAUUGUAUGAAAUACCAUGAAUCAUUUACCAUUUCUUAGGAAAACUUGAUAUUAUCACCUUGUGCCAUUAUUUUUUAUAGUCGAUGUAUUUAAGUUUGGGGAAGAAACUUAGCAUAUUUACUGCCUGCAGAGCACACUUCAGACAAUCUAAGUACUGAAGUAUUUAUGGUAUAUUUGUAUACAUCAUGAAUUGAGAUAUAAAACAUCAUGUUGUGUAGGUAAAUAUGUUUGUGUAUGGAAAUAUAUUUGUGUAUGUAAAUAUGUUUGUGUAUGUAAAUAUGUUUGGGUAUGGAAAUAUAUUUGUGUAUGUAAAUAUGUUUGUGUAUGGAAAUAUAUUUGUGUAUGUAAAUAUAUUUGUAUGUAAAUAUAUUUGUGUAUGGAAAUAAUAUGUUUUUUUUACUGAUGUUUCAAUAUUUUUACACAAUGUUAAAUGUUGUGAGUGUUGAGAAAAAGUGUGGGUCAUUCACAUUCAAAGAUUUGAUCACAUGAUAUUUGAACAUCAGGUAGAAAGUUGCUUCUGAAACGACUAGACUGCAUUGCACAUGUUGUACUGAUUUAAAGUAUAAAUUUGUAAUGAAACUUAUACAGUAUAUCGGUCGCUGGUUCAAGAUGCAAUUUCCUGUGGGUGAAUACAUCUUUUUAUUUUUGAAUAUAAAACAAAUGUAAAAUGUAAAACAAUUGAUUUUCUGAACUCUCUCCAAAUCCAAAAAUAAAAUCCUUACUUUACUCAAAAUAUUUAAUUAUAUUUUGAAUAUCAAGAUUUCAUUCUCUUAAAUUAAAGAAAAAAAUAUAAUCUAAUUGUUCAUGUUUGUUACCUCACUUUCUUUUUUACAAUCUGUUCCUCAGUAUGAGGUGUCAUUUAGUAAAUCAAUUGUGAUAUCAAGGCAGUCCUAAAAAUCUGUGAUCACCAAUAACAUUAAUAAUAUUUAUGAAAUAUAUUAGCUUUCCUACCUAUCCAUUAAGCAUAAAAUCUUCAGUAUGGUUUAGAAUACACAUCUUCUUAAUACAAAUUUACUAGCCACCUGUAUCAAUUUUUUUUUUAAUUUCUGUGAUGCAAAUUCCAUUGACAAUGGCCGGAGUUAUGUCCCUUCCCUCAUUUAUUUGCCAUGCAAAUACACCUCCAUCAUAACUAAAUGAGGCAUAAGAUGGAGAGGAGGGGGAGUUCAUAAUUACAUGUCAAUGUUCUGGAUCAGUCUACUUUAGUUAAUUUAAAAUCAAUAAUCAUCCUUCUAUAACAUACAUGGCUGUAUCUUUUUUCUGGAUCAUCCACUCUUUCUGGAGAGAGUGAAAGACUUUUACAUAUUAUCUGUAAAUAUGUGUAUAUAUAGUUUGUUUAAAUCUCCAAAGAAAUUUGAGUUUCCAUGUAUUCAAAAUGUAGGAUAAGAUUCCCAUUAUAUUUUUCCUGUACUUAACUCAUAUUUAUGUUAGAUUGGGACAAGAUAUGCCAGAAUGUGGCAGAGUCACAUGGUGAAAUAUACAUCUGUUUCAUAUUUUUCAUUUUGAUAAUUGAUUGUGUUACAGUGCUUCUAUAGAAUGCCAGUGUUACCUCAGGACAUAAUUAUACUGGAAUGUAACAAUAGCCACAUAUAGAUAAUGGUAGACAUAUACAUCCUUCUUCUUGUAAGAAAGAGUCAUUUAUUAAUAUUUAAUUGAAAACCAUGACAUACUUCCUGCAUACUGUAUUAGGUAGUCAUGUGUAUAAUAUAAGCUAAUGAUAUACACUAUAUCUUAAUCUUGUUUUGUUAUGUUUUUAAUUAAAGAUGUUAUCUUUC